AUGCCUCCUAGAGCAAAGCAGAAGAAUGCUCUUCAUCCGAAGCCAGGACCUAGCACGGGUAUCACAGCACCAAACUGGCCACCUUUGACUCCGGUCAUUCCAGCUGACCAUCUGUCGAUCGAGACUGUCCUUGACGGCCAGAUUCUGGUGAUUCGGAACCUCUUCACGUCUACGCUAUGCAAGAACUAUGUUGCCUUUCUGGCCUCACUACCGUUGACCACGACUCCGGGGAAACCCAAAAGGGGAGAGGCUGUCCGCGUCAAUGAUCGUUUUCAGAUCGAAGACCCGAUAUUUGCCAAAACUCUCUGGGAAAGUAGCGGGCUCAAGUCCCUGGUGGAAUCGUUUGGCGAUACAAAAGCCUUCGAUGGCAAGAUUCUUGGUCUGAAUUCCAACAUUAGAGUAUACAGAUACCGGCCAGGCCAGUUUUUUGACAAACAUUACGAUGAAAGCAAUAAAAUACACUUUGGCGAGGACAAAGUGCCCGCCAAAACCACCUGGACUCUGCUAAUCUACCUCACAACUUGCCAGGGAGGUGAGACUGCCUUCUACCCGGAGCCUUCCAAGAGGGGUGUUCCACCACCGGAGCCAAUAGUGAUCGGCCUUGAGACUGGCAUGGCUUUGCUUCAUAAACAUGGCGACGACUGCUUGUUUCAUGAAGGCAAAGAAGUGCGGAGUGGAGAGAAAUGGGUGUUGAGAAGUGAUCUGGUGGUACAGAGAUGA